UUGUAUACAUCGUGAUACAGGUAAAUCCUCUCUCUCUCUCUCUCUCUCCAUCUCUGUGGAUGUCGACGGAGAUGGACUCAAACCCCGGUGGUCAAGGGACACCACCAGAUCCGUCCAUAUACCUUCGUGUACAAAGAGGUUUCGCGUACGCAUGGUACGUAAUCAACUCGAAGACGCCUGAGGAGGACAAGACAAACUCGUCAGCCCUUUUCUCCCCAAACCACCAAAACAUCUGUGGGACUCCGGCUGUGGCGUCAUCGGCUCCACCAUAUACGUUGUCGGUGGUGAAGAAGAUGACGACGACGGCUCUCUUCAGGAUGAUGUUUACUACAUCGACACACGUCGUCCCUCCGAUGGCUGGAAGAAAGGCUGUCCCAUGAAGAAGACAAGACACAGCCCUUUCCCGUCACUGUUGACGGUAAGCUGUACGUGUUGGGAAAAAAUGGCGAGGUGUUUGACGAACGCAAGUCUUUGUUGGACUGCGUUGCAAGAAGCAAACUUAUUUCCUAUCGAAAGCUUCUUUCCUAUCGUAACUGGUGGUCACGCUGUUUUGGAUAAAAGCAACGGGAUGGAGAAUAAUAAGAUUCUGUUUCAUUGCAAGAUUUUUCCCGACCUAUACUAUUAUAAUAUUGAAUUGGAUUCAUGGGGCACUUUUUCCAAAUCAAAUCUGGGCAUUGGUAAGAAGACGUCUGCGCUGGUAGAUGGGAUUCUCUACUGUUUGGAUUACUGGAAGGCGGGAUUCAUGUUUGGUCUCGACAUUUCUAAUCCGAAAAAUGAACUCCAGAUUGUGCUUGGUUUCGAGAACAAAAGCAUCAAGGAGAAGAAGCCCUUACCCCAGCCUGGACCUGAAUCUUCUCCUGGUCCUCGUGGUUUUUUGGUCUCCAUGGGAAACUCUAAGUUAGCUAGGAUUUGGGCGGGGGUCAUUCCUGUCCUUCCUGGUGAACCUCGCAGCACCGACAAAGAACCUAAGCUUUUGGUCAGUUGCGCCAUACUCAACAUGUCUAAACAACCAAACCCCACCAUUGGCGGUGUGGAUUUCGUGGCGGAAACACUGUCUGUGUCCUAUUACAAUGUUUUGGGAUCCCGUUUGAUCAACUGCUUGCCAGUGCUCCAAAAGGAGGAAGCCAAGAUCGCUGCAUGGGAGAACUUGCAAAAGACAAAAGCUGAGGCAGCAGUCCGGAAACUCGAGGUCCAAUUGAUAACAGACGUGAGAAAAUCUGACGGCUAACCUGGGAUGGAGGGCAGUUAGGACAUUUCACGUACUUUUCCUUGAAAAAAGAGAGGGUAUAUCUGCUUUCCCCUUCCUGUUUCCUCCCCACUUUCACGAUAACAGAGAAGAUUCCACUCCUUAGUUCCCAGCACCACCAGCGACCACCAAGGGCUCCCUCACCGCCAUCGACUGCCACCAACACCGGCUCUCUCUCUCUCUCUCUCUCUAGGGUUUUAUUUUUUUCUAGUAUUGAAUUCUAUUUGAUUGGUUGUAGAAAGCAGAAUAAGUAGAACUUGUGGAAUUUAAUGGCACCGGAUCGUACGAACUUACCUCUACCUGAUAAUGGAUUAAUGAAAAACUCUAUCUCAGAGGGCCGUAAAUUUCCUAUUUUUCUGCCACCUAUAUGUUGAUAACAAGUAUCAACCCAGAAUGGUUAGAUUCCAAAUACAUUUUCCUUUGUUCUUGUAUGCUGUUUUGGAUAAGGAAGAUUAUGGGGAAUGAAAAUCAAUUUCAUAAAGUUUGAUCAAUCCACUGAUGUGCAUAAUUCAUUCAUUUUAUUUAUGAGAAUCUACUUAAAUGUAUCCAUUGGUUAGCUAGGAUACAACCAGAAAUUUAGUAUAUGGGAAGCAGCAAGAGUAUUUUUUUUUGGUAAACAGGAGCAGAAGUAUUUUGAAUAUAGUCCUGAGUAUGGGCACUUGGCACACAAAGUGGUCGUAGAGUAUUUAGCAAAACUUUUAUCGAAGGUCUCCUCCCUUUAGUUACAUUUUAUUCUAUAGUUACCUAAAUCAUUUUAUAUUCACCUAAUACAUUUCAUUUGAAAAAAAUGUUUUGGGCUAAUCUUGAGGGAAACCCAUUUGCAUUUGCAUUUUGUUACUGCUGAUGAGUUCACAAAAGAGGUAGAAGUUGGACCCAUUUUCUCCAAACAAAGAUGCUUGGAGCCACCAAAAGAAGGGUUUUUGUUCGGAAAAUUGGAUGAAAAAUCCCAAAAAGCUGCAGCGACCGAGAUGAUUUAUAGAGAGGUAUCAGCAUAGAGAUGACUCCACUUGGUAGUUCAACAACUUCGAGAUGUCACACACCGUUCAAGAGCAUGUCUCCCGCUUGACAUAAUACUCUAAAGAAGCUAUUCAAGUGAAUCGAAGGCCAAGAAAAAUGAUCAAUUUGUUAUAAUUUGGAAUAUCAAGUUGUAGUAUCACAUUUGAGAUUUGUGAAAUCUAACUUUGAUUGUAGCCUAUUUGUGUGACUAUAUGGUUUUAUGGUUUAUGUUGUGAAUGGAUAAUUUGGCAAAGAAUUUUGGUUAUGAAUGUGGCUUGUGAAUGGUGAUUUAGAAUG